GUGAAGAGAGACUUGGACUAGAGUUAGCCACACGGUCCCCCACGCGAAGGACACGAGAGCUGUACACUGCCAACCCUUUCUGCUCUUCCUCCUCUUCUUGUCCCCACUGUUUGGGCCUUGCACUCGCCCCCCUCCCCCCCGCAUCCAUCACUUUCACAACAAGUGUCGAGCGAGAUGGAAACUACAACCAUCACCACUACGCAGACUGCAUUCACCUUUGGACUUACUGAAAGACGCGCCAGCAUCAGCCUGCACGCCCCGGCCCAGGACUGCGCCGCUCCCGCCGUGCACCCCAACACCAGCGCCGCUGGCUACCAAAGCAAAACCAAGGUGCUGAAGAGACAGCGCUCCAGCUCGCCGGAGCUCCUGCGCUGCAAGCGGCGCCUGAGCUUCAACGGUCUCGGCUACUCCAUCCCACAGCAGCAGCCCGUGGCCGUAGCCCGGCGGAACGAACGGGAGAGGAACCGGGUCAAACAGGUCAACAUGGGCUUCCAGACGCUGCGUCAGCAUGUGCCCAAUGGCGCCGCCAACAAGAAGAUGAGCAAAGUCGAGACCCUUAGGUCUGCGGUGGAGUACAUCAGGGCUUUACAGCAACUCCUGGACGAACAUGACGCUGUGUCGGCUGCUUUCCAGUGCGGGCUGCCAUCUCCAACACUUUCCAACAGCUACUCAGCCGACCCGGAGUCGCCUCACUCCACUUACUCAUCGGAUGAAGGUGGCUACGAGCCUCUGAGCUCCGAGGAACAGGAGCUGUUGGACUUUACAACCUGGUUCGACAGGUACUGAGACUGACAGCGUCAAACUCACAGAGCGGCGUCUGUGCGUAAAAGCAGCUGACUUCUUUCAGAGAUGCUGACAAAGACUUGAUGAAGGCAUCAGAUCAGUCUUGCCCUCCGUGCUUGGAAGUGAUCAGUUGCCUCCCUCCCUCACCCGGGCUGCUUCUGCUGGAGCAAAGCAAUAGUGAGAAAGAGAGAGAGAGAGAGAGAGAGAGAGAGAGAGAGAGAGAGAGAGAGAGAGAGAGAGGGAGCCUCUUGUUGCAUAGAGCAUAAAUAGUCGCCCUGAAGUCCCACCACUAGAAGGAGGGAGUUGGACUCACUGGAAGUAAAGAACUGUUGAUGUUAUGUUUGAAUAAGUGCAAUUAAUACGCGACACAACAGCAGGCUCCGUAGAGACAGUGCCGGAGCUCCAGAGGACUUGUUUGAUGAGAGUUUCAUCAGAGCAGGGCUGCCUUCCUCUGCUGCCACGUCUAUUGGAAGACACGGCAAAGAUGAUGCAUCAACAGACUUUUUUUUUUGUGAUGUACACCCCCCCAUAACAACACUGUAUCAUACAACGAAUUGUUUUAACAUGAAGACAUAUUUUUGUACAUUGAGUCAAACAAACAAUGUUCUUGAACAACGUUCACUGCCACCCCCUCCCCGCCCCCCCCCCCACCCCAUCGACAGUGUUUUGAGAACCAGCAGUCAGAAAGGCAGUGAGUCGGCAUGUAUGAGUUGUGUGACUGGACAGCAAUAUCAAGGCUACUACCUGUGACAGAUUGUAGUUGUUUUUGUUUUUGAAAUAGGUGGUAAGGAGACCUUUAUUAAUGUAUGCACUUGUUCUCCAUUUCCAGUAGCCUAAAGUGUAAAUACUUGAUUUUAACAGAUAUAUUUUGUGUAAAACAAGUUUUAUAAAUAAAGAUGAA